AUGUUGGAGGCGAGGGGAGCCGUCGCGAAGGAGGGCGACACCGUCCUUCUCGUCCGCGGUCAUCUCAACCUUACGCCGCUCAUGCUUCGGCCCGGGGAUCUGUUGCACUGCAAGGAGGGGAAAUUCCGACACGAUGACAUCAUUGGCCGACCUCUUGGGACUUGGGUCACGGGGCAGAGCAACAUCAAGGGCGACACCUCGAGACCUCCCCGUCUUCUCGUUCUGCAAAAUAGCGCGGACUUGUGGACGCAGGCGGUGCCCCACCGCACACAGAUUAUUUACGACACUGACAUUGCCGUUAUUAUCUUCAACUUGCGGCUCGGCCCGGGGUGUCGCGUCGCCGAGGCGGGCACCGGAAGUGGAUCGCUGACGCAUUCCAUCGCCAGGACAGUCGCUCCCAAUGGCACGGUUUACACUUUUGAUUUC